AGGUGCUAUUCCUCUAUGGCCUUCAAAAACCUGCUGCUGCAUCAAUGCAUUUGUUUGGCCUUUGUCUUCAUAGUCGGUGCGUUAGUUUGUGAAGCCACAUCGCGCACUCUUCAAGAUGCAUCCAUGUAUGAGAGGCAUGAGCAAUGGAUGGCCCGUUAUGGACGAGUGUACCAGGACAACAAUGAGAGGGAGAAACGUUUCAAUAUUUUCAAAGAAAAUGUGGCACGCAUUGACUCUUUCAAUCGCGCCAAGGACAAACCUUACAAGCUCGGUGUCAAUCAAUUUGCAGAUCUUACAAACGAUGAGUUCACUGCUUCUCGUAAUAGGUUCAAGGGCCAUAUGUGUUCCAACAAGGCUACAACUUUCAAAUAUGAAAAUCUUACUGCAUUGCCUUCUACCAUGGACUGGAGAAAGAAAGGAGCUGUAACUCCUAUCAAGGACCAAGGCCAGUGUGGAUGUUGCUGGGCGUUUUCUGCUGUGGCAGCCAUGGAAGGGGUAACUAAACUAACAACAGGUAAGCUAAUUUCCUUGUCUGAGCAGGAGCUGGUUGACUGUGAUACCAAAGGUGAGGAUCAAGGCUGUGAGGGUGGUCUGAUGGACGAUGCGUUCCAAUUCAUCCAAAACAACAAAGGCCUAACAACUGAAUCGGACUACCCCUACAAGGGAGUUGAUGGCACAUGCAAUACCAACAAGGAAGCCAACCAUGCGGCCAAUAUAAAUGGGCAUGAAGAUGUGCCAGCCAACAAUGAAGAGGCAUUACAGAAGGCUGUUGCAAAUCAACCGGUUUCCGUUGCUAUUGACGCUGGGGGGUAUGAAUUCCAGUUCUACUCCAGUGGUGUAUUCACUGGAGAUUGUGGCACUGACCUAGAUCAUGGUGUUACUGCUGUUGGUUAUGGAGCCGAUGAUGAUGGAACCAAGUAUUGGUUGGUGAAGAACUCUUGGGGCACUAGCUGGGGUGAAGAGGGGUACAUUAGGAUGCAGAGAGAUGUCGAUGCUAAGGAAGGCCUUUGUGGCAUAGCGAUGCAAGCUUCAUACCCUACUGCAUAA